CUCCCCAUACUUUAUUCGGAUAUAUGUACACAUAUUGCUUGCAAACAUUUGCUCACACAUACAUCCAAACAAGUAGAUAUUCCCAGUUGCAGAGAGUCAUGAUUAAUAUCUUGAUAAAUAUAAUACAAGUGAUCGGUUAAUUUCAUCAAAAUAAUCAGAAUCAGCAUAUAUUUUCAUAUCCUUCAGUAGUCAUGAGUGGUCGAGAUGGGAGUAGCAGUGAGGGAUCCUGGAAACAUUUGACGGACGCGAAACCGACAAAGCAACCCGAUCCUCCUGCCCCCAGAGCCUUUCUUCUCCAGGUCACGGGUAGAAUCGAGUCUGCAGAAAUAUUCGGAGCGAACGAUAUCUACUGCAAGUACAACUUGGCCAUGGGUGGAGACUGGGCUGUCACUUCGGGCAUGGAAGAAGCCAUCUCGCAAAUUACUUCCAAGAAUGGGGACAAUGUUUUCGUGUGGAAUUUUCCCUUAGAAGUCACAUUUAAGAGUACAAAUCCUCAUGGAUGGCCGCAACUUAUUUUGAGCGUGUACGGGGCUGACAUUAUGGGUAACCAUAUCGCUCGAGGGUAUGGAACUACGCAUUUUCCGGUAUCGAAAGGCGUCUUCACCAAAAUAAUUCCCCUCUUUGUUCCCGAGUCAAGUUCAUUUGUCCAAAAAAUCUCAUCUUGGCUUAUGGGACGCCACCCAGAGUUUGUGGACCCGAAAGUUUUGGCACAGAAUGAUGGACGACAAGUUGUCAGAGUCGAGUCCUGUGGUCACGUCGUCGUUAAAAUGGAAAUGGUUACAAAGGAUAUGGCGCAGUUGGGUUAUGUCACGUCUGACAAAGUUUACAACCACGAUUUUUAAAAACAAUUGUAAUAAUAAUUAAUUUUCAGAAAUGUUUUUUUAAUUAACGAAAUAUUUAAGCAAUAUUGAUUGAAUAAAAUGUCAAAACCGAGAAUCGAAAGUUUACAGUUUUAUUAAUGUGUUUUUUUUAUUUUACUUUCAUUUUUACCACAUUUUUUAAUGUUUUUUGAUCUUUUUACAUAUUAUUUUUCAAAUUUCCAGAUUAACAAAGAGUUUGGCUGGGUUGUUUACAAAGUUACUUUAUAUGAUAUACAUUAGCAAAACUGGGAUUCGACUAAUAACUGUGUAACUUUCACAUGAUAAAUAUUUUUCAAGCUUUCACAAUACAGGCAAAAAUUAAAACGGAAA